AUUUAAUAGAAAAAAAAUUUCUAUGGUAAAUUGUAAUUUUUUUCAAAUUUUCAUUAAGUUAUGAGUGAAUUUUUUAUAUUUAAUUAACAAAGUGAUUCAUAUUACAUUUACGAGUUAAAUGUUGCUGUUCACGAUAAUUGUGCUGUUAGCAAGUGCAGCUACUUGUCAGAGGUACGAUGGAUCUGAUACUCUCGGAUCAACAAAAGCACCAUGGAAUUAUUAUGAAGAUAGAGAUCAAAAUCCUGUUAAUAUUCCUGAUUCGACAAAUAAUGUUAUAUUCAAAGAAGCUUCAUACUUUGUGGUGGCUUCUCGUCUUUGUCGUCCAGGACAAGUUUACCGUGUUGCAGUAGAUGUUUAUCGUAGUGAAAUUCCCAUGAUGGUUCGUGCUUCAAUUCAACGAAAUGGUGUAGAAAUUGCAGCUGAUCAUAAAGAAGUAAAACAAAAUAUUCCAGAAAAUUUAUUAUUGCGAAUGCCAGCAACAGCAAUCAACGACAACUACAAACUUCGUGUACAAGGUCUUUACAAUGAUCUCACUGGUGGCCAAGCAUUUUACAAUGAAACAGAUUUAGUAUUUAGUCAAAGAUCUAUGACUAUUUUUAUUCAGCUUGAUAAACCUGUAUAUAUGCAAGGUCAAACAGUUAGAUUUCGAGCAAUUCCAAUAAAUACAGAGCUCAAGGCUUUUAAUGAUCCAAUUGAUGUUUUUAUGUUGGAUCCAUCACGACGAAUAAUGCGUCGUUGGUUAAGUCGUCAAAGUAAUCUUGGUACUGUUUCUUUGUCUUAUCAACUUUCUGAUCAGCCAGUAUUUGGCAACUGGAUCAUUCAAGUUAUUGCACAAGGUCAAGUUGAAGAAAAAACAUUUCUUAUUGAAGAGUAUUAUCAAACAAGAUUUGAAGUAAAUGUUACAAUGCCAGCAUUUUUUUUCGACACCGAUGAAUAUAUACAUGGAAUUGUUCAAGCUAAUUACACAUCUGGUGCUCCAGUUAAUGGAAAUUUAACUCUAAAAGCAAGUCUUCGUUCUAUAUCAAAAGAUAGAAUGAUAAGUUCAUCAGCUCUUGUAGAAGAUCGUUAUUUUAGUUUCAAUGAGUAUUAUCCAUCUUGGUUUAAAUCUGCAGAUCAAUAUGAAGAUAAUUAUACUCCAGUUUUAAGAUUUUUCAAUGGAACUUAUCGGUUUCAGUAUCGAAUGGAAGAACUUCGAAGUUUUUUCGGUACACUCAGUGAUAUUGAGGUGAAAAUAAUUGCCACUGUUGGUGAUAGAUUUCUUGAUGAAGUCAUCGUUGGUCAUUCAACUGCAAGAAUAUAUAAUUCAACUGUUAGAAUUAAUUUCUUUGGUGGUUCUCCUCAAGUUUUUAAACCGUCAAUGCCAUUUGCUUUUAAUCUAGUUGCAUCUUUUCAUGAUGGUUCUGUUCUUAGACCAAGUCAGCUUCAAGAUUCACAAAUGACUAUUCAUGCAGAUAUUCAUUCUCGAUCAAGUGGAGAAAGAAGAAUAGAUACUAAAAUUUUAAGACCUUCUCCAGAUAAUCCAUCUAUUUGGUCGUUUAUGUUAAAUCUUAGAACUGAAUUGAAUUUAGAAGAAAAUCCUCAACGUAAUCAACAAAUUCUUAAUGAUAUAACAUCAAUGAAAAUAUACGCAACGUUUCUUGAUGGUGAAGGUCAUCAUGCACAAUCAGAGUUACUUCUUUUGGCUCAUGAAUCACCUAAUCAUAAACAAAUAAAAAUUUCAACCUCAUCAAAACAUCCUGAAGUCGGUGAAUAUCUUGUUCUUCAUGUUCAAACAAAUUUUUACAUUGAAACAUUUAAUUACAUUGUCAUGUCAAAAGGUAUGAUUGUCUUGAGUGGACAGGAUAUAAUGCAACCUGAUAUUCGAACAUUUUCAAUUCCAUUAAGUCCAGAAAUGGCACCUGUUGCUACAGCAGUUGUUUAUCAUGUUGGUAGAUAUGGUGAUGUUGUUGCUGAUUCAUUGACAAUACCAGUUAAUGGAAUAUCACGUAAUAAUUUUACAGUUUUUAUAAAUAAUAAAAAAGGAAGAACAGGUGAAAAAGUUGAAGUUGCAAUAUACGGUGAGCCAGGUGCUUAUGUUGCACUUUCAGGAGUUGAUCGUGCAUUUUAUUCAAUGCAAGCUGGUAAUGAAUUAACAUAUGCAAAUGUUAUUAAAAAAAUGGCUUAUUUUGGUGAAGAAACAAAUGGAACACAUUCACAUUCUUGGCUAUUUCACGGUGGUGAUCCUGAUGAAGUUGUUUAUUUUCCUUCAUCGACAUUUGGCAUUGAUGUCAACAGAACUUUUGAAUAUAUUGGCUUGGUUGUUUUUACUGAUGCCUAUAUUCAUCGUAAACCUGAUUAUUGUAAUAAAACAUUAGGAUUUAGAGAAUGUCUAACAGGAAGAUGUUAUACAGUCAAACAAACUUGUGAUGGACAUCUUGAUUGUGAAGAUGGAACAGAUGAAGCUCAGUGUAAUUCUAUGAAUGCCACUGAUCUAUCGUACUUUAGAACUAAUCGAUUCAAUCGAAUUCAGCGAUUGUAUGAAAAUGUGUGGCUGUGGAAAGACAUUAAUAUUGGACCACAUGGUCGACAAAUAUUUAACAUUGAUGUUCCAAGACGUCCAGUUCAUUGGAUGGUUACUGCAUUUUCUAUGAGUCCAUCAAGGGGCUUUGGCAUGCUACCAAAAGCACUAGAGUAUACUGGAGUAUUGCCAUUCUUUAUUAACGUUGAAAUGCCAACCACUUGUCAUCAAGGUGAACAAGUUGGUAUUCGUGUUUCUGUAUUUAAUUACAUGAAGUAUAAUAUAGAAGCAACAGUUGUUCUAACUAGCUCAAAAGAUUAUAAAUUUGUACAUGUUGAAAAAAAUGGUAUUGUUCAAUCAUAUAAUCCUCGUACUUCAUUUGGUGAACAUCAAUUUUUUAUUUUUAUUUAUGCACAAGAUGCUGAAGUUGUUUAUCUUCCAAUUGUACCACAGAGACUUGGUGAUAUUCAGGUACAAAUUUACGCAACAACUAUUUUAGGAAGAGACACAGUCACGAGAAAUCUUCAUGUUAUACCUGAUGGACUUCCACAGUAUCGUCAUCAAUCAGUUAUAUUGGAUUUGACUAAUAAGGGAUACGUUUUCCAGUAUAUGCAUGUCAACAUAACAGAAACACCAAUUAUUCCUUAUUCAGAAGAUCGUUACUAUGUUUUUGGUUCAAAUAAAGCAACAAUAUCACUUGUUGGAGACGUUGUUGGUCCAAUAUUUCCAACAAUGCCUGUUAAUGCAACAAGUUUAAUGGGUCUACCAAUGGAUUGUGCUGAGCAAAAUAUGUUUAGCUUUGCUGCCAAUAUGUACACAACACUUCACAUGCGACAAGUUAAUCAGAGAAAUCGUGCUGUUGAAAAAGACAGUUUUUAUCACAUGAAUGUUGGCUAUCAACGUCAAUUGUCAUUCAUGAAUCUUGAUGGAUCAUUUAGUCUAUUUAGAAGUGAUUGGAAUCAAUCAUCACCAAGUGUCUGGUUAACUGCAUACUGUGCUAGAAUUUUUCAAGAAGCCAGUUUUUAUGAAUGGGAAAAUUAUCUUUAUAUUGAUCCAGAUGUUAUUGCACGAGCUGUAUCAUGGAUUUUGAUGCAUCAAACAAAAGAAGGAGAAUUUUAUGAAGUUACUACAUUUUCUGAUAGAAAAAUUAAUUCUUUAAGAAAUUUUGAGGUCAAUAGUUUUCAACAGAAAAACAUAAGUUUAACUGCACAUGUUUUAAUAACGUUAGAAACAGUGAAAGAUCUUACAGGUGGACUUGGAUCACGAGUAGCUCUUCAAGCUGCAAAUGCUGUUAAAUUUUUAGAAAAAAAUUUAAAAGCAAUUGAAGAAAGAGGAACACCAUAUGAAAUUGCAAUUGUUGCUUAUGCUUUGACAAUUGCACAAUCACCUGCAGCUGAACAAGCUUAUACAAUUCUUUCUAUGAGUGCUCGAUCAGAGGGAGACUUGACAUACUGGGGAAGAGUACAAGUACCUUUGCCACCGUAUAAAAUUGAAAAUAAUAAACCAUUUCUUUUGCCACGAUUGCCUUAUAUUUAUGAUUCAGAAAAUAUUGAAACAACAGCUUAUGCAUUGUUGGUUUAUGUUGAGCAUCAAGCAGCUGGAAUGGAAGCAAUUGUUAAAUGGCUAAAUUCACAAAGACUCACUGAUGGUGGAUGGGCGUCGACACAAGACACUGCCUGGGCUAUGAAAUCAUUGAUGGAAUACACAACUAGAUCAAGAAUCAGAGAUGUUAGUUCACUCGUAGUUACAGUUGAAGCAACUUCAUUGCCUGGACAAACAAAAACAUUUAUUGUAAAUGAUAAAAACAUUGCAAAGCUGCAGUCUAUUGAGAUACCAGAAGCUUGGGGUACUGUAAAAGUUCAGGCAAAAGGGGCAGGUUAUGCAAUUCUUCAAAUGACUGUUCAAUAUAAUGUUGAUAUUAAAAAGUUUCAAACUGAACCACCUGUUCCAUCAUUUGACUUGGUUGUCAGGCCUAAUUUCUAUGGCAGGAAUCAGUCUCACAUCAAUUAUCUGAGCUGUCAGAGAUGGAUCAACACAAAUGAAUCAUCAAGAUCAGGAAUGGCUAUUUUGGAUGUUACCAUUCCUACUGGUUACAUAAUCCAGCAGCAGACUUUGGACAGAUACAUUCGAUCAAAAGCAGUGAAAAAUUUACAAAAAGCACGCUUCCAAGAAAAAAAAGUACUUUUUUACUUUGAUUAUCUUGACAAUGAGGAGACAUGUAUUAAUUUUACCAUUGAGCGUUGGUAUCCAGUUGCAAAUAUGUCAAGAUAUUUAGCAGUCAGAGUUUAUGACUACUAUGCGCCUGAAAGAUACAAUGAAACAAUAUUCAAUUCAUUGUCGACUUAUGUUUUAAAUAUUUGCGAAGUGUGUGGAAGUUCACAGUGUCCGUAUUGUUCAAUUUAUAACGCGGCGUCAUUAUCAAGAAUCUCAGUUCUUUCUAUUUUUAUUUAUAUACUCAGUGUUACCUCCAAGUAUUUCAUGACAUAGUUAUCAGACAUCACGAGUCAUGUAAAUUUUCGAGAAAAAAAAUUAACAAGUACAAAUAUUAAGAAAUCAAUUUUAAUAACAAUUUCAUAUCAAAUAAUUUUUUCAUCUGAACCAAUUCAAUGUGGAUCUUGAACUAGAGCUGGGGUGGUAUUCUAAACAUGAUGUACUUUAUAUGGUUAACGACAACAAACGAGGCUUACUUUUGACUUUGUAAUUCGACACCUUGUAAAUAGUAAAAAGGUGGGAAGCAAAAAAAUAUUAUCAGUUAUAAAAUCCGCCCAAAGAAACUUUAUUUUUCGAAUUAAUUUUACGAAUUAUAAUGUUAGCUAUAUAUAUGCAUGAGUUGUCAAUAUUUUCAUUAACAACGGUUUUUUAUUUUUAUAUUUAUAUACGUUAUAUUGAAUGAUCUGAUUUCUUUUUAAAUGCGGUAAACGCAUGCUAAGUGCUCUAAAAAAAAUUUUAUAUAUAUUUUUUAAAAAGAAUAUAAAUAAUAUUGUUGUUAAUAAUACAAUGUAAUAUUUAAAAAAUUUUACUAAAUUCGAAAUUUAUUUUAGAUAAAUUUCGACAACUCUUCUUUGUCAAAAAAAAUUUUCAACUCAUAAUUUUAUAAUUUUUUUAAAUGUUGAUCUUUUUAUAUUGAACGUCAAUCAAUUCUUUUUUUUUUUUUUUAAAUAAGAAUAAUUAAAUCAAUUAAAAAAUAUCAAAGUUAAAUUUGUUCUUUUUUAACAUUUGUUCAUGUUAAAAAAUCAUUUUACACUUGGAAAAAAAAAAAAAAAAUUGACUAUUUAAUUUUUAACAUUUACUCUUUUUUUAUAUUUGAUAUUUUUUUUUUUUUUUUACUGUUUGAUAAUUAAUAUGAUAGUCUUCGUUGACAAAUUACGUCCGUAAAAAUUUUUUUACAACUUAAUAUAAUAAGAGUACUGAGAUCAUAGUAUGUUUGUGUCUAUACACGUGAUUUUCUCCUAGUGCCUUAUUGGAAGAUAAUUAGAAAAUUAUAAUUUUAUGAUAAAGAUGUGAAUCGAGUGUAUGGACAUGAAUAGACCUCAGUACUCAUAUACAUAUAUGAUUUUAGAGAG